CUCCUCUUCCUCCCUCCGCCUAUAAAACCUCUGACGGCGGGAGAUCUUCAGCCAGACGGAACCGGACCGGAACCGAAACUCCUCUCUUCUUCAGCCGUCAGUCAGGAUGUCCAUCACCAAGAUCCAGGCCCGUGAGAUUCUGGACUCCAGGGGGAACCCGACCGUGGAGGUGGACCUGUGGACGGCCAAAGGUCUCUUCAGGGCCGCCGUCCCCAGCGGCGCGUCCACCGGAGUCCACGAGGCGCUGGAGCUCCGCGACGGAGACAAGAGCCGCUACCUGGGCAAAGGGACACAGAAGGCUGUGGACCACGUCAACAAGGAGAUCGCCCCCCAGCUGAUCGAGAAGAAGUUCAGCGUUGUGGAUCAGGAGAAGAUCGACAAGUUCAUGCUGGAGUUGGACGGCACGGAGAACAAAUCCAAGUUCGGCGCCAACGCCAUCCUGGGCGUGUCUCUGGCCGUCUGUAAGGCCGGCGCCGCGGAGAAGGGCGUCCCGCUCUACCGCCACAUCGCCGACCUGGCGGGACACAAAGACGUCAUCCUUCCUGUUCCUGCCUUCAAUGUGAUCAACGGUGGGAGUCACGCUGGGAACAAACUGGCCAUGCAGGAGUUCAUGAUUCUCCCUGUAGGAGCUUCAAACUUCCAUGAGGCCAUGAGGAUUGGAGCUGAGGUUUACCACAACCUGAAGAACGUCAUCAAGGCCAAAUACGGCAAAGACGCCACCAACGUGGGAGACGAAGGCGGCUUCGCGCCCAACAUCCUGGAGAACAACGAGGCCCUGGAGCUUCUGAAGACGGCCAUCGAAAAGGCCGGCUACCCCGACAAGAUCAUCAUCGGGAUGGACGUGGCGGCGUCCGAGUUCUUCCGCAGCGGGAAGUACGACCUGGACUUCAAGUCGCCCGACGACCCGACCCGACACAUCAGCGGCGAGCAGCUGGGAGACCUGUACCGCAGCUUCAUCAAGGGGUACCCAGUUCAGUCCAUUGAGGAUCCAUUCGACCAGGAUGACUGGGAACAAUGGGCCAAGUUCACUGCCUCUGUGGACAUCCAGAUCGUAGGAGAUGACCUGACGGUGACCAAUCCCAGGAGGAUCCAGCAGGCCGUGGAGAGGAAGGCCUGCAACUGCCUGCUGCUCAAAGUCAACCAGAUCGGCUCCGUGACCGAGUCCAUCCAGGCGUGUAAGCUGGCCCAGACCAGUGGUUGGGGUGUGAUGGUCAGCCAUCGCUCUGGAGAGACGGAGGACACCUUCAUCUCUGACCUGGUGGUUGGACUCUGCACUGGACAGAUUAAGACCGGCGCCCCCUGCAGGUCGGAGCGUCUGGCCAAGUACAACCAGCUGAUGAGGAUCGAGGAGGAACUGGGAGACAAAGCCAAGUUUGCUGGGAAGGAUUUCCGCCACCCGAAGAUCAACUGAGGCUCCGCCUUAACGCCGCCGCCAUGCCAACGGGGCUCCCUGAAGCCCCGCCCCCUCACAGUGGGGGGCCUUUAGCCCCGCCCCACCUGGUUAUUGCAUAACGAGUGUUUUCUAUCACAACUCAGUAAACAGAAACAAAUAAAAUCAUCAAUAUUUGA